AUGUCGCGAGUGAAGGCUCUCCUGGUGCUCAUCAGCCUGCUGCACUUUAAAGGCAUCGCCAGCAGUGAUUUAAAACAUGACAGUUUGGAGGAACUGAAGCAUUUCAAGCAAUGUGUGCGGACCUCACAGAAAUCCAAAUUAAGUGAAUGCUUCGGUCGAUCGGCUUUGAAUUUUAUACAACGCUUUGAGGAGCGCGAGAAUGUCACAUUUGUGGAUGAUUUUGUGGCAGUCAAAAGCGAAACGGCAUCGAGUCGUUCUUUGGUCAAUGUGCUCGACACAGAUCCUGUGGAUUUUCGAGGCAUUCUCGAGAAUGCGGGCGCUGUGAUGGGGCACCGUAGCUUGGAGUGGCACAUGGAUGCCCUCUAUCCCGGUCUGAUGUUCAAAAUUGGACCCACAGCGGAUGCGAACAGUGUGGCGGAGUUUGUGUUGGAUAAUGGUGCACUUGAUGAACGACAGUUUGGCUACGAGGAGCCCAGCACAGGUCGCCUGCUGGCCACGCAGUAUUUGUUGCCCUUUCUGCUGGGUCUGAAGUUCAAUUUGGUGGCGCUGGUGCCGCUGCUGUUUGCCGGCAUUUGUCUACUGCUCAAGAAGUCACUCUUUCUGGCCAAGUUGGCCAUCUAUGUGAGCAGCUUUCUGGGUGUAGGCGGCGUGCUGGGCUCUCUGGGAGGCCUGGGAGGUCUGGGGGGCCUGGGCGGAGUUUUCGGCGGCGGCCUUGGUGGCGCCAACUUUGGGUUUGGUGGCGCACUUGGCGGUCAUCGACCCGUUGGUCAUUUUCCGGGAAAGGCGACAGUCUAUGGACACGGUGAUGAGCUGCAUCAUCAGUACAAUGUGCAUGAGCCGCAACCCUACAAGCGCAGCGAUCGCAAAGUGCGCUUCGAGCAGCCAAGAGAGGCAGCAACAGCAACCACUAAGAGACCCACUGAGGAUCGCUUCUAUGAGUAUGAAACUAAACGCAGAUUGGAGGACACAAUUGGAUCAGCGGAUGCACUUGUGCGCAACUUUAAAAGUGCCUCAAACACAAAUAGUAUGAACGGCUGGCAGGUUGUUGAUUGUUUGGGCACUGAGAGUGAACGCUUGCUGGAUGCAGCCACCAUGGAUAAUAGCACUUGGGAGUUGAACGAGUAUCUCAGCAUUGAGCCACAGGAGCCAAGGGAGGCUGGCCAGGCACGCAGCGUUAAAGGAUUAACUGGCAAAUUGUUGGAGUUGGCGCAAGGACGAUCUCUGCGUGUCAGGAUGCCCCGACAGCUGACCAUAUCGAAUGCCAUCGAUGAGUUUGGCAACGAGAUGGGUUUGGAUGAAGGUCGCAAGAAGAAGGACAAAGAUAAGAACAUGGCCAUGAUGGGUGGAAUGAUAAUGUUGGCGACCCUCGCACAAAUGUUCCUCGGCAAGGUCAUUCUUAUCGCUGGCGCCGCCUUCAUAAUGGCCAAAAUUGCACUAGUCAUUUCGCUACUGGGCAGUCUAAAAAAGGGAUCAGCUGGCAACAGUGGUAGUGCUCCGGAGCACGUCAUCGUCACCAGUGGGGGUGGUCACGGUGGUGGACAUAGUCACGAGAGCGGCUGGCAUCGCAGCAUGCCCACUCACGACUACAGUGCCAUCCCCCCGCCGGUGCACGUCGUGGAGGAGGCAAAGUCUGGAGAGGAUCACGCCUACCAUGCCUACGAGAUGGAGCACGUGGAUCGCCGGGAGUUGGCAAAGGAGGUUACAAACAAACCGGGUUUUCUCUAGCUUUAUGUAUUUCUGUGGUAAACAAUAUAUAAAAUUAACUAUUUGUAACUUAACUUAGAUCUAAGAUUUGAAAGUCAAACAAGUGUAAAUACAAUU